AUGGCUCAGAUAACGACGUCCGGUGCGGCUUCGGUGAAGUCACAGAUGGAAGAUGCUACCGGUGACCCAUCUCGGAAUCUCCCCGGAGUUGUUUUCGCCGUCGUCAACAAACAGGGCGAGUCCAUCUUCGAACAUGCAGCUGGGGUCGCUGGGGUCGGCACCGGAGCACCGAUGACUGUGGACCACACGUUCUGGAUCGCCAGCUGCACCAAAAUGAUCACCGGCAUUGCUUGUAUGCAGCUUGUCGAACAAGGGAAACUCUCCCUUGACGACGUUGACCUCGUUGAAAAAUUGUGCCCGGAGUUGAAAGACGUCAAAGUCAUCGAGGGCAAAAAGCUGGUCCCGAAAAGACGCGGAAUAACGCUUCGCAUGCUCCUCAAUCAUACAGCUGGUUUCGGCUACUCGUUCUUCGAUUCGAGACUGAACGACUUCUAUGGAGCUACCGGCGUCAACGAGUUUUCUGGGCUCAAGUACGACUACCUGUCACAGCCGCUCGUCAACCAUCCUGGAGAAGCGUGGGAAUAUGGCAUCAACAUCGACUGGGCCGGCAUCUGCGUGGAGCGGGCUUCGGGCCUGGCGCUGAACGACUAUUUCCAGAAACACAUUUUCCAACCCCUGGGCCUACAUAACAUCAACAUGUUCCCGACGGCGAAGAUGAAGUCGCAGCUCGCAUACAUGCACUCUCGCGAUCUGCACACUGGCGAGCUCAGACUCGCAACCGACGGUCACCUCAACCGGGCUCCGCUGGUUGCCGAAACCCAGGCCCAGAAAGACGCUAUCUUCCAACAGGGCGGCGCCGGCUGCUUCGCCCGGCCCAAAGAAUACGCGCAGAUCAUUAGCGUCCUGUUGAACGACGGUGUGCACGCGCCGACGGGGAUGAGACUGCUCCAGAAGGAAACCGUCCAGAUCAUGUUCACCAACCAGAUCCCCGAGUUCCCGAACUUUGGAAGACAGCCGAUCGUCCCGCCGAAACCCGUGUAUUCCAACGCUCUGCCCGAGCUGUACCCUGAACCGCGCGACAUUCCUCAAGGAUGGGGUCUGACGUUUUUCUUGCACCUGAGAGACGGCGUCGUCCACAGCGAAGGCACCGGGUGGUGGGCAGGCUUGCCCAAUUUGUACUGGUGGGCUGAUCGCACCCGAGGCGUGGGAGGCAUGAUUGCAACGCAGAUUCUCCCAUUUGCAGAUCCCAAGGUGCUGGGCCUCUGGGGAUCGCUGGAGGCAACCAUCAACGCAAGCCUUGCAUCAUAG